UCAAAAAGUAGAUAAUGGACACCAUAUGACAUCUUUGAAAGUCCCCUCAACAGGAUUGCCUAAGAGGGCUGAAAGAACAUGUUCUCUGAAUAACUGUACAGUGGCCAAAAGACUUGGAAAAGGAAAAGAUGCUACUGUCAUCUUUGAGCAUUUCAGGAAACCUGUAGAUCCAUUUGUUCAGGAAAAUUGUUUGUGCAAUUUGGAGAUAAAUCCUUCCAACUCAACUAUUUCUCAUUUCUGUGGAAAUGUGAAAAAUGGAAACAGUUCUAUACUUAAAACAUACAAUGGACAGACAGAGAACAAUUUACCAGAAUGUAGAGACACUUCUCAAGUACAUGCAUAUGAAUCAGGUCUUUCAUUUAUUCGCAGUGAUACCAGAGAAAGUGUUAAUGGUGACCUCUUGUUAAAUUUGACAUAUCUUAAAGAUGUUUUAAGUGGUUGUCAUGCUGCUUUUCCCUUUCAUAGCAAUAUUGGCUCAAGCACAGUUACUACUUCAAAACUCAUCAAAGACCCAAGACUGAUGAGAAGAGAAGAAAGCAUGAAAAAACAUAAUAAUAUUACAGGUUUAAAUGAGAUUUUGCCAUCUGAGAAGAGUUUAGAUUUUGUUAAUUCAGAAAUAAACCUUUCUAUGCCAACUAAUUCUGCCUCCUCAUCUGAAGUCAUGCCUGGUGAUCUUACUAAUUGUUUGGAUACCUCUUGCUCCAAAAUUUCUUUUGAUAAUUCACAAUCUCAAGCUCACAACAUGGGCUCUAAGAACUAUGAUUAUACAACUCCCAAUAAAAUUACUAUAAAAGGACAAUGUCAGGACCAAGACAAUUUUGCCUUUUCAAUGUGUUUGUCAAAUGUAGCUUCAGAAGAUGAGAACCAAAAACACAGUGAGGAAAAAGUGCAGAGAUCCCAAGAGAGAAGCAUGAAUACUUGUACAAAAGGGCAUAAUAGUCACAUUUCUCAGGAAUCACAGUCUUCUAAUUUAAAAACUGUAUGUCAGACUGAUUACCAAACGUCUACAGUUUUUCCAUUCCAAAGGAAAGAAGACAUACAUGAAUACAUUCAAAAUAUUGGGAAGAAGAGAAAUUUCACUGGCCCAGAAGACAAUUUCAAACAUGGAAAAAAGCGAAAUUUGUGGAAAGAAAUGGAUAAUUAUCAUACUGAUGAAACAAAAAUCAGUCUAGUAGAUAGUUACAUUUCUUUGCACCAAGAAUGCAAACAGGAUGAGAGUCUAGAUUCUUUGGGGAAAAAAUGUGAUCAAAUAUUAAUCAUUCAAGAGUUAGACAUACCAAAAUCUCCCGUGUCUAGCUCAAAGGAUAAGUACAAGCCAGAGUAUCUAGCAUUGGAAUUACAAAGUGAUCUUACUCCAAGAGUGGAGAUCCUUUCACAAAAGCAUUCUCAACACUCUUUGGAGUAUGAAGAUAACAUUCAUACAAGUUGUGCCAUUUCUCAAAACCUAAUGGAACUGAAAUUGGAAAAAACAAAUCAAAAUUGUGUUAGCAUUUUAACUGAUGCUUUCCAGGGUGCAGAAGACAUUCCCCAGACCAAAGAACUGCCAAUUGAUACAGUUUUUUCAUUUCAUGACAUUAAAACAGCUCAUGACAAUUCCAAUUGCAACAUAGCUAGAGAACAUAUAUAUAUCCAUAGGAAAAAUGAAAAUGACCCAGUGUCAUUAGAGAACAUUCAAAGAGACUGCAAAGAAAUGCUUCAAAUUGAUGAUAAAGGUCAAGAUCAUACUCUGUUUUGUAAUGUACUGUUGAAUAAUGAUGCACACCUGAAUGUUGAUUUCAAAGAACAAAGAUAUAAUGAUAAAGAAAACCAAAAUGAGGCUAAUGAUAAAGAUAUUGCUUCAUCUACAGAAAACAGCAUAGAGAAAAUAUGUGGAGAUGAGAAGCAGGGUUUUUAUACAAACAAAAAUUUCAUCAAUAUAGAUGAAAGGAGGGAGAAUAAAAAUUACAAUAGUGUAGAAAUUUGGAGUUCUGAUGAAUUUGCUACUACAUUUAAUUUGAUUUUGGGGAAAAAAUAUAUAUCAACAGAAACUAUAUUAUUAGAAACUAAAGAUACUAUCACUGCCAUAAAACAAAAAGAAACUCAAAAUACUGGAAGGAGUGUGAAGCAAUUGGCUUCCAGCUUUCCCGAAAUUGCAGGUUCUUCAGUGCAUGUAUUCUCCAAUGCUGCAGCACAGAUAGCUGGUACCAUGGUACCCACAUUAGGCACAAAUCUUGAAGAUCACCAAAGAUACCAGCUGCAAGAAACUUAUCCUUCUGAGAGUUCAGAUUUUGGUAUGUUAGUAAAACGUACGGUUUCUGAUUGUGAAAUGGAUAUGGAUAAAAAUAAAUUACAUGACUCAUUUCAUCAGUCAAAAAGUGACAACUCAGAUCUUCAAAGUUUCAAAUUAGAAAAUGAGAUUGAAGAAGGGUCAGAACAGUGGGAUGCUCUUCCACUUCAACAAGAUACGCAUAGCCCUGGAAAUACACUUGAUGAAGAAUUUGGGGCCUUAUAUGAGGCUCUGAAGUCUCGUAUUGAAUGGGAAGGUCUAUUAGGAAGCAAUAAUGGGGAGAAGGAAGUUUUGAAAAGCACCACGAAAAGGGAGAAGAGUGAUCAGCAUGACUCUGAGGAAAGUAAUUGUUUUUUUCUUUCUAUACAAAAAAACCCAGCAGAGUUCCCCAACCCAAUUUUACUUCCAGAUCUACAAAUUACAAUUACUAAUAAUACAUGUAUGCCAAGAUUCAGUUCCACUGUUGAAUCCCUUACAUUGAAAGAUAAUUUUUGCAAAUCUAUAACUGAAGCCACAAAAUCAGAAAUAAGUGAGAAGGGAAAAGUUUCGGGAUUUGACAUUUAUUCCCAGUGCUCUGGUGAAAAUUCAAAUUAUCCAGGUGAAGAUGAAUUGUGUAAUGUAAGGCAAGAAUCAGGACUAGUGAGUAAAUCUGAAAUCUCACUUUCUUCUGAACAACAAAACAGUGGACCUUUGCUUACUAAGCCUUCUAAUGUCACAACGAUAAGUAAUGGAAGAAGCUGUUCCCUUACAAAGUCAAAAACUGAUUGUAGUGAUACUAAAAGUAAAAAGGACACAGAAGCAAGAAAUAGCAAAAGGAAGCUACAUACACCUUUUAGGGACCAGGACAUAUCAAAUAAUGAUUCAGAACAUCAUGAAAUUUGUGAGACGAGGAGGAGGCUAACCAAUCAAGAUUCAUUGGAAUGUUUUUCUUUAUUAUCCGAAGGACGAAUUAAAACAUUUUCACAGUCAGAAAAACACAUUAGGAAUGUCCUGGGUAUUCUAAAUAGCGAAGCAUCUUUAUUCAGAAGCAAACGUCUUUUUAGAAAACUUGACAGAGCUGUUCUUUACUUUAAAAAAGCUCAUGGAAGAGUUCACACGUCCUUGCAGCUUAUAGCUAAAGUGGUAGAAAAAAUUAAGGGCCCAUUACCAAAAUCAUUUGCAAUAAUAUGUGAUAAUUUCUGGGAAAUUUGUGACCUUCAAGGUUAUAGUUCUGUUUCUGAGAGAAGAUAUUCCACUAAGCAUUUUUUAUCAAAACGAAAAUAUGAACCAGGAGAGAAAAGAGCUUUGGCAUUUGAAGUUGAUAAAUCAUUAACUCAUGUAUCACAGUACAAGUCUUAUAAAACAAGUGGAGAGAGAGUCACAAAGUGCUUUUCUACAAAAAAUGUGUCCAGCAGUGUUUCUAGAAAUCACACCACUAUUCAUGUGAGAGAAUUUUGUGAUCCAGAUUAUCUUGAAUCACAGUUAACCCUGUGCUCCACAUCCCAAAGUACAACUCAGUCAACUUAUAACGAUAGCAGUAUGAGGAAUCCAAGAUCAUCAGAACUUCAGCCCUUUUCUGGAAAAACUGGGUGUCUGUUUUCCCCACACCACUCAGAUGAGAAACUAAGUAAAAAAGAAAAUCAAAUCGACAUAAAGUCUUUAUUUAACAUUAGUAAAUAUGAAAAGCUUGAGAACCAUUCAGUACCUAAUAAAGAUGCAACAGAAGAAUGUGCUGAAGCCAAUGAAAUAAUAAAUAAAAGUAAUUCAGUAUCUUUAAGUUGCAUAAAUGAAAACAAUUUAAGUUUUAGCACAGACAAAAAUUAUGAUGCAACUUGUAUAACUCACACAGAGGUGAAAAUGGACCAAGUUAUUUCAGUUGUAGAAUCAAAUGUGAAGCACUUUUUAGAUGUUGAUAUCUACAAACCAGAUAACCUUUUAUCUGAUUAUAAAAACAACCUGGAAGUAAAUUUUCCUCUAGAAAAAUGGAUAGCUCCUAAUGAGAGUUCCAAACCAAGCACUGUUACAGGAAAUGUUCUUAUGGACCCAUUAACUCUAACUCUGAUAACAAACAACAAGUGUAACAGUAUCCCUCAAUUGGUAACUGUUCCAGUGACAGAUAGUGAGGGAGAAUCUUCAAAAUCUUAUUUGGAUAAACAGAGUUUAGCUAUAGAUGCUUCUGCAACAGCCACCAAUGUACCACACUGUCAGCAAGGAUGCGUUGGAAAGGAGCUUCUAAAGACAGAAUUGUGCUCUACAAGUCAUUGCUUUCAUAUAGACAGGAAUGAAAUAAAUGUUAUUGAGAAUUCUGAGUUGGAUCUCAUGUCAGUAACUGAAGAAAGUAAAAGUUAUGGGGCAAAUAUAACAAAGAGACUAUCCUCCAGUGAUAGUUCUCUGCUUUGUAAAGAUAUUAUAAAGAGCUCUUCAAAAAAAUGUAUUGCAAAGAAAGACAGAAAAAUGUGGAAAGUUAACCAAGAAGAAAAAGUAAAAGGUUCAAUUCACAAAAAGAGCAUGAAUGGAGGAUCAGCUGUUAAGACUGAGUACAGAAAUCAAAAGAAUAAGAUUUUAGGAAAAUCCUCCUUAAGUAAGAAAACAAUUAAAAAUAACUUGAUUGAUUCUCAUCUAAGCAUUAAAAACACUGAGGCAAUCUCUUUGAGUAACCCAGUUUCUAAUCAGCUUAACAAAAGAGAGAAAGAGCAGGAAAUUAAAGUUAGUAAUGACUCUCAAUCUGACUCUACCUUGCGUUCAGAAAUAGCCUAUAAUUCCAAACUAGACAUUGUAGGAAUGAAUCAUAUGCCUGUUUUACAUGCUCACCCUGAAACCUCCAAAGUCACUACUCUGAAGAAGAAUCCUACAUCAUACAUGAAUCAAUUAAAAGAAAAACAUUGCUCAGCUAAUCAUUUGGCUCUUAUAGCUAGGCUAGCUCAAAUUUUGAAGAGGGCAGAUGAAGCAUCAUCUUUGCAGAGUCUACAGGAAGAAACUAUGGAAUGUCAAAAUAUUCUCCCUUUGUUUGUUGAAGCUUUUGAAAGAGAACAAGAAUGUUCACUUAAACAAAUCUUGAUUUCAAGAGAACUGUUGGUAGAACAAAACCUAUGGAAUAAUUGCAAACAGAAAUUAAAACCAUGUGCUGUUGACUCCUUGGUAGAACUCCAAAUGAUGAUGGAAACUAUUCAAUUCAUUGAAAACAAAAAAAGGCUCUUAGAAGGUGAACCAACUUUCCGAAGCUUGCUUUGGUAUGAUGAGACGUUAUACAGUGAGCUGCUUGGAAGGCCACGUGGAUUUCAACAACAAUCCAAUUUCUAUCCUGCUUUUCAAGGAAGGCUAAAAUAUAAUGCAUUCUGUGAGUUGCAGAACUAUCAUGAUCAACUUAUUGAGUUGUUUGAAGAAACCAAAAGGGAAAAAAAUUCAUACUAUGCAUUCUUAAAAUACAAACGACAGAUUAAUGAGUGUGAGGCAAUACUGAAGCAAUGUUUUGAUUGCUUUGACUUUUCUCUUUCUGUUCCAUUUACCUGUGGAGUUAACUUUGGAGAUAGUUUAGAAGACCUAGAAACCUUAAGAAAAAGUACUUUAAAGCUGCUCAGUAUGUAUGGGAACUCUCCUAAAGUUUAUUGCAAUCCAGGAAAACAAGACCAUUUGUGGAUCAUCAUUGAAAUUAUUGCCUCAAAAGUGAAUUUUAUCAAAAGCAAUGAGGCAGUAGGUAUUAACAUAUCUCUUUAUGGUCUGGAACAUAUCUUUUUUGAUGCUGCGAAAAGUCUUGUUUGGAAAGAGAAGAGGCAAUCUUUCAGCAAAAAAUACUCAGGACAGAAGAACAAAAAAACACUACUGAAAAUGAACCAAUAUUCUUUUUCUAAGUUGCAGGAGAUAUAUGAUACAUUGUCUAAAGAUUUAAGCAAUGAACAGAUUUCCAACAUUGGACUUGAGGACAAUGCUAUGAUUGUUACCAGAAAGUCAGAUAAUCUAAUAAACAAAGCAGCAAUUAGCAUAGAAAAUUGUAGUUUUAACACUACUUUGCUUUCACACCCAGAUUUCUGUUGUAUUAGUGAGAUAUUGGAUCAAGCUAAAUUUGCAGACUUUAAAAAAUUACAGGAACUCACUUUGAGAUGUACUGAUCACUUAGAAAUUUUAAAAAAAUACUUUCACAUGCUGCAAGAAGAUAACAGAGAUAAUAUUUUCAUCACCGAAGAAAACAUUUUGGACAUGGUGAAAAACCACAGCCAUGAGGCUAUAAUUUUAAAACCUGCAGCCAUUGAAACCUAUAUUGAAAUCACUAUGCUCUCAGAAACAGUUCACUUUCUUAAAAACUCAAUGGCAAAAAAACUAGACAAACAGAGGUUUCGAGGUAUGCUUUGGUUUGAUUUGUCACUUCUUCCUGAGGUAGUUCAAUGCCAAGAAAAACUGGCUUCUUUUUCAUUUCUUAAAGAUAACCCAACAGAUUGCCUUUGGAAAGUGAUAGAGACUGCUAUAUCUGAAGUUAAGAAAGAUCUGGAUAAUAUUUACAAAUAUAAUGAAGCUGUUAAUUGCUCAUAUGCUCUUCAUUUGUUCUCAAGAGAACUUGAGGAACUUUCAGAAAUAAAAAAACUUCUAAAGAAGUCUGAGUAUUCUGCAUCCACAUAUAUUGGCUUUGUGCCAUGUAUAACAUCCAUAAAUUAUGGAAACACUAUGAUGGAGUUAGAAUGCAACUACAAUCAGUUUUCUACACUGCUCAAAAAUAUAAAGACUGCCCCUCGGAGAGAUGUAGGGAAAAUAGCCCAUAUUAUGAAAGUCAUGAAAACCAUUGAACAUAUGAAGAUAAUAUGUGCUAAAAAUGCUGAAUUAACCGUUUCCUUUAUUUUAUGCCAAAUGCUGCAUAAUGAAAAGAAGACUUUCCAACUGAAGAGACAAGAAAAAGUGAAUGUGAAUGUAAAACCUAGGAAGAGUAUCAAUAAAUAUAGUACUUAUAUGAAGGUAGCCUCAAUUUCAGAGAGCGUAAUGAAAACUGUUUCAGAUUCUUCUAAAAAACGACCUAUCGCUGUAGACAACUGUGAAGACUCUCAGGAACAAGAGAAAAACACUACUAUUUCCAGUUGUAAAAAACAAAAGGUUAACAUGAAAGAUGUCACAAAAAUCAGCAGAGAAAAAGCAACGCUCAAGAAUCCAAGGACCACAAGAUCUCAUCUCCAAAGUGAAAAUGAAAUAGAACCAAGUUCAUCUGACAAUCUGAAAAGAAACCAUGUACCUCCAAAAGCUGAAAUGCAAAGACCACUACCUGGCUCAUCAUUACCUUUAAAGAACCUAAAAGACACCUGCAUGUUGAAGUCGAAGGGUAAAAUAGAUUUACCUAACAUUUCAUCUGACACUUCAGAAGAUCUCACUGGACAACAAGAAAACUUAAAUAGCAUGAAGAAAAGAGAUGUGAAUUUUAGUGCUGCUGAAACCAAAAGUGAUAAGAAAGAUUGUUCUUCUUUUGCAUUUUGUGACCAAAAAAGUGUAGAUGACACAUUUUCAAAAGACCUUGAAACACCUUCACAGAAAUUUCUUAAGAGUUCCCCAGAUCCUGCAGAGAAAUCUUGUCCCUCAGACAUAGAACCAAGAACUGAUGCUUCUCUUCUGCCUCAUGCAUCAGUGUCCUCAAAGCCUACUUUCCAUUUUGUGAGGGAUAGCCAUGCCAAUUUAGAAAUGAAUGAUACUGUCCUUGACCGUCAAGAUAAUGAAAUAUUAAAUUCAUCUAUUAAAAAUUCUACAUGCACCAAUUCUCCAGAACCCAUAUUUAUCCAGAACGAAAUUCCAGUUCUGCAAAUAAGUGAAACACAGCCUGCAAAAACUGAGUCAAAAGAAAAAUGUAUGAAAGAUACAUUGAAUCUCGGCACUGUACCUCUUGAAGGUUCUGAAAACAUAACCCUGAAUGUUGAUAAAACAGGAGAAUACUCUUCUUAUGAACAAAAAAAUGAAAACGCAAAAGUCCUAACUCAGAAUGUUACGACACACUGGAAUGAACUUCCACAGCCUUCAUGUGCCCCAAUAUAUAAUUCUUCUGAGCACUCAUUCGGAACUUCAUACCCUUACUAUGCAUGGUGUGUUUAUCAUUACAACAACAGCGAUGGCUGUUCCAUUACCCACACAUACCAGGGAAUAACAUCGUGUGAAGUACAACCACCUCCUCCUCAGAUGUCAAUUGCAGCUUCAACCACUGCCCAAAAUACAUAUUCUAAUGGUUCUUACCCUCAAUAUUUUGGUUACUUUGCUGGGGAGCCACAAGCAUAUAGCUUCAUGCCACAGAAUGGGCAUUUUCAAUCUCAAAUGCCUGUUUCUUACAACUUUCAGCAGCCAACUUUUUCACAGUUUGCUUCCUAUCAACCGUUACCACAAGCUACAUACCCUUACCCUCCUGAUUCAGGUGUGCUUCCACAAGUUCCUUGGACUUACGUUCCAUGGCAACAUCAAGAACCCUUUCAGCCAAAACCUUGAAAAUGGUCUUCUGUCUACUGAAAAAUAAAGGAGAUUUACAAGUGUUUCCAAGUAUUUUUUACUUUUAUUUUAUCUUAACAUUUUAAAUACGUAUAUGUAAAUGUGGUAGGAAAUGUAAACCAUAUAGCCUUUUAUAAAAUUUUUAAAUGCAACAGCGUUUCAUGCAAUGCAAGGAAAUCAAUUUCUAACAUCUAAAAUACCAAAAUUAUUUCCAUGCAAUUA